AUGAAGUGUGAAGAUUUGGAGAGGGUAAUUGUUGCUGAUGAUCCGGAAAGAUUCUUCCAAGUUGGGGCUAAACUGCCUUUGCAAGAGAAUGAGCGAUUACUGGAAUUCCUCAAGGCAAAUAUGGAUGUGUUCGCAUGGAGCCCAUAUGAAGCCCCAGGUGUAGAUCCGAAUUUCAUUUGUCAUCGACUCAAUGUGAAUCCUUCCAUAAUUCCUAAAAGACAACCACCUCGGCGACCAUCAAAAGAGCACGCUGAAGCUGUCAGAAGAUCUACCUAUCAACGGAUGAUGACUAAAAUGUUCGAACCCCAACUGGGCAGAAACAUUGAAGUCUACAUUGAUGACAUGGUAGUGAAGAGUAAGGUGGUGUCCGAGCAUGUGGAAGAUCUCACGAAUAUCUUCGGAAUACUGAGAAAGCAUAAGCUACGCCUGAAUGCUUCAAAGUGUUCCUUUAGUGUAGGCUCCGGGAGGUUCCUGGGAUACAUGGUGACUCAUAGAGGAAUUGAAGUGAACCUAGAUCAGAUUAAAGCCAUCAACGAUUUACAAGCACCUCGAAAUCCAAAAGAGGUGCAGAAACUGACUGGAAUGACUGUUGCUUUGAACCGAUUUAUCUCCAAAUCGGCCGAAAGAUGUGGUCCCUUUUUCCUUCUACUGCAUAAGUGGAAAGGAUUUGAAUGGACCAAGGAGUGUGCUGUGGCAUUUCAGCAGUUGAAGGAGUACCUGUCCAGGCCGCCUAUCAUGUCUAGUCCUGAGGUGGAUGAGGUGCUGUUUGCUUAUAUAGCAGUUGCCCCUCAUGCAAUUAGUUUUGUCUUAAUACGAGAGGACAGCGGCGUCCAAAGACCAGUUUAUUACGUAAGCAAGUCCUUUCAUGAAGCCGAGUUACCUCUCAAGUCCAUACUUAGAAGUGCAGACUACACUGGGAGAAUUGCUAAGUGGGGCACAAUCCUAGGUGCUUUCGACAUCAAGUAUAUGACUCGCACCUCUGUGAAAGGCCAGGUCCUUGCCGAUCUGGUUGUUGAGUUCGCCGAGUGCCCAGAAGAAGCUAACAUGAAGCAAAAUGACAUGGAUGAAAAAUCGGCUGGUCUGAUAUCAACACAAGGUGGUUCCUCCUGGAGGAAAAUGGGUGGAAAGAUAGCAGAAUUAUUCUCGGAUUCAAGAUUGGUAGUCGGACAAGUGAAAGGAGAACUAAAAGCCCGAGAUCCAAGAAUGCAGGGGUAUUUGAGUCAAGUUAGGCACAUGCAAACGAAAUUUGAAUCUUUCGUCUUGUCGAACAUCCCCCGAGGUGAAAAUACCCAUGCCGAUUCCCUGGCAACCCUUGCCACCUCUUCAACACAAAAUUUUCCUCGAGUGAUAAUCGUUAAAGAUUUGCAUACACCCACUUCACCAGAAAAGGACGUACGUCAAGUUCAUCAAGUUAAUCUAGCGCCGAGCUGGAUGGAUCCCAUAUUGAAAUUCCUCGAAAGUGACACCUUGCCUAAAGAGAAAAUAGAAGCCGAGAAGAUACGGAGGAAAGCUCUUCGAUUCUGGUUAUCCGAGGACAAAAAGUUAUACAAAUGGUCCUUCUCUGGGCCGUACCUACUUUGUGUACAUCCCGAGAUGUCAAAGUCACUCCUAGAAAAGCUGCAUGAAGGCAUUUGUGGAAGUCAUACAGGGGGAAGGUCCCUAUCACACCGGGCCAUUACUCAAGGAUAA